AUGGCUGCCGUGCAGAAGGGCGCGAGAAGCCGCCCGGUGCGUACCACUGCUGCGAACGUCGCCCGCUACAGUGCAGACUACCCCAAGGACGUCAGCAACGGCUACUCCUACAAGGAGGAUCAGUACAUUGGCGGGAGCGCGGACGGCACCGCUCCACGGGUGGAUCUCACCAAGCUCAAGGUGCACGCGCUACGCAAGUACACCAAGGUGUACGAGGUGCCCGGCAUUGGACCGCAGAGCAGCAAGGAGGACCUGACGAGCGCCGUCAGCAAGCACUGGAACACGAUGACCGUCAGCGAAGAAUCCGUGCUGCAGAACUUGAUGCGGGUUCGUGGCAGGCACUGA